AUGGUGCGGGUGUUAUGCAUCAAGGAGAGUUGUUUGUGGCACACGACAAAUAACACGGUCCUGCGUCUUGAUGCGUCCUGGCGGCCAGGGGGGAACGCAGUCCAGCACCAGUCCACCAAUGGCAGGAGCAACGGCGGCGACGACGGCGGCGGCGGCGGCGGCGGCGGCGGCGGCGGCGGCGGCGGCGGCGGCGGCGGCGGCGACGCGGCGGAGAUUGGACGGCAGGGCGGCGUAGGAGGAAGAGGAUGGAUCGACGGAGGAGCAGGAAAGAAGAGUGGAGAGAUGAGGAGCAGGGGAACUGGGCUGGAAGGCAGAGGACGGGAGGGAAGGAAGGACCAAGGAUCGGAGAGGUAA